AUGGUCCUCCAGUCCCUCAAGUCCCGCAUCUUCAACGACGCGUCCAAAUAUGCCACCAAGUGGCUACACGAGCUACCCCAUGUCAUCUGGGGCCUACGAACACAGAAGAGUUGGGCUACCAGCUACACCCCUUUCUUUAUGGUAUACGGCUCAGAGGUCGUCCUGCCAUCCGACGUGGUCUUUGGCGCCCCACGUAUCCAGUACUACGAGGAUGGCGAGGCAGAAAAAAGUCGGCGGGUCGACAUCGAUAGCCUUAAAGAGCAUCGCGUGGUGGCCCUCAUCCAGCAUGCACGCCACGAGCAACAGAUAUGGCGCUACCACGAUCGGAAUGUCAGGGAACGGUCCUUCAACGUUGGUGACCUAGUGCUUCGCCGGAUCCAGUCCACCAAGGACAUGCACAAGCUAGCUGCCCCCUGA